AUUCUUUUUUGAUGGAUGCAGUAUUCCAGAUAAUCGCCUUUGACGAAUUGCACAUGGACUUCAAAAACCCUAUUGACCAGGGCAACCCAGCCAGGGCAAGAGAGAGGUUGAAAAACAUUGAACGUAUCUGCUGUCUCUUGAGAAAGCUUGUGGUUCCUGAGUACUCCAUCCAUGGGCUUUUCUGUCUAAUGUUUCUCUGUGCGGCUGAAUGGGUGACCCUGGGACUUAACAUCCCACUGCUUUUCUACCACUUGUGGAGGUAUUUCCAUCGCCCAGCAGAUGGUUCAGAGGUCAUGUAUGAUGCUGUCUCCAUCAUGAAUGCUGACAUCUUAAACUACUGUCAGAAGGAGUCCUGGUGCAAACUGGCCUUUUAUCUGUUGUCAUUCUUCUAUUACCUGUACAGUAUGGUUUAUACGCUGGUGAGUUUCUAACAGAGCCUACGGAUGACGUGCAGGAAUCCUUAAACUGGUUCCCAGUGAUUCCUUUGAGACAUACGCCUCACCUGGACUAUGACAACCUUCUGUGCUAGGACUGUGGUGGGUGGGAUGGACUCGCAACCGGCCUGAGGCCGCCAUGUCUGAAGCCAAUACCACUGCAAGACUGUCUUUUUCUGGCUGCCUUGGACACUGAUAUUCUGCUGCCUCAUACCAGAUGGGGGCUACCAUACUCCCCACUCACAUUUCCAGCCCCAGGAGUAACAUCCACCGAUUCUGUAUUUUUCAAUAGAAAGCCUGUGAUCUCUCUUUGUCACUGGACUUCCCAGUUUAUAUUCCAUGUGAAACCCAUGUUUGGGGAAUUGAGGCAGGACUUGGUGACUCUAUCUGUGUGUAAAGCAAAACGAAGUUCUCAUCAACUCCAGUCAUUAGGGUGGACAUUUUGUUAAACAGGGGCUUCUGUUCUUCUACAGCUUUGUUUUUUUGGGUUUUUUAAAUCUGGGGAGCCCCCUUCCCUCACCCACCCAUCCAGUCGUAAGGUCUGGGGGUAGUGCCCUUGAGAUACAAUUAGCCCAUUUUUUUGUAAGUGUAGUGAUAAUAACUGAGCAAAUUCUCUUUUUAAAAAGCCAUAAGGAAGAUGAUAACUAUAAAGAAUAAAUUUGGCAGCCAUUUUAUAAGUGGCACAGUUGCAAAAGACUUUUGCGUGGGUGUGUGUGUGAGGCAGUGGGGAAGCUUUGUCCUGUCUUUCCUUCCAAACCCAACCCCCCAAAUAAUAAUUCUACGGGGAGUCAGUAUUCAAUAUGUUCGGCUGCCCUUUCUUUUCUUCUGAAUUGUGAUAUUGUCAGAUGUGGAAGGGAUGCUGAGAUUGGAAGUAGUGGAGGUACUCUGUUGUCAUGGCAACACCCAGGCCUAUCUUUUUGUCCUUUGGCUUUCGGCGCGUGCGCGCAUGUGUGCGCACAUAAACACACACAUAUACACACAGUUUCCUCAGGCCUUGCUCCUGGCAGAUGGGAAAGAAGGAAGAGGCCUCUGUGUUACAUCCCUUUCUGUGGAAGUCAGAAUCCUGACAUUAUAUUGCCUUUUUGUGGUCAAAAAGUAUUCUGCCCCCAUAAAAACAGCACAAAACAAGAAUGUAAGCAGAGCCUAAAGCUGGUCUACUCCAGCAACCGGGAAUUUAUGGCCUCCCAGAUGUUGUCGGACUGCAACGUCUAUUGAAUUUAACCAGCAUAGUCGGUGGGAGCUGUAGUUCAACAACAUCUGGAUUAACCCAACUUCAUGAUUCCAUCAGCAAUCAGCUAAAUGUUUAGCUUACAUAUUGUAAACCGCUUAAAGACUGCCAACUGCAGUGUAAAGCGGUAUAUAAAUGAAGCUGUUAUUGCUAUAUUUCUGGGUGGUUGAAAAGCAUUGGAGACAUUACUUCAUCAUUUGAUUUUCUGGGUAUCUGAUAUUCUAAGAGGUAGGCUCCUUCUAUAUAUGAACACUCCAUUUACCUGUCAUUGCCAACAAAUGUCAAUACAGUAUGUAGAGGGGUCUUGUAGCACCUUUGAGACUAACUGAAAGGACGAAGUGUGCAGCACGAGCUUUCCUAGACUUAA